UCAGUUACAAAUGCUGUAAGCGGUAAAACCCUAACAAAUUGCAUACGAGUCAUAAACGUGAUCCUGACGCUCCCAUUAAAACAGCAAACCUGAACGGUUGAUCGGCGAAACGCUCUCAUGAACUCUCUCUCAGAAAAGAAAAGCUCGGAUUUGACUGGAGAACAAGAAGAAGAGUGAAAGAAGAAUUGAUGAUCUUCUAUUGAUCUUAGGGCAGUUCCUGUACUUCAGCAGAUAAAGAUUUUCUGUAAACAGCUUCUGAACUCUACUGAGGAAGCUACAAGAGAUAGUGUGCAAGUGGUUUUCUUUCUUCUGUUUGGGAGACAAUGCAGCCUCAGGAGGAGCUUGUUGCAGACAAGGAAUUGGAUUCUGCAACUUCUGAUCCAUUACUCUCCAUAGAUGAUUGGGAAAAUUUCAGAGAUGAUGAUAUCAUGCAACAACAAACUGCAAUAAGAGCUGAGGAAGCCGAGAAAAUGCCAUUUGUUGGUGACAAGGAACCUUUAUCUGCAUUAGCAGCUGAGUAUCAGUCGGGCAGCCCUAUCUUGCAGGAAAAAAUAAAGCUUCUUGGUGAACAAUAUACUGCCAUAAGACGAACACGAGGAGAUGGGAAUUGCUUUUUUAGAAGCUUUAUGUUUUCAUAUCUGGAGCAUAUUCUGGAGUCGCAAGAUAAAGCGGAAGUUGAUCGUAUCAUUGUAAAUGUUGAACAAUGCAAGAAGACGCUCCAAAGCCUUGGAUAUGCAGAUUUUACAUUUGAAGAUUUUUUUGCGUUAUUUCUGGAGCAGCUGGAAAGUGUGUUGCAAGGAAGUGAUAGUUCAAUAAGUCAUGAUGAGCUUGUGACAAGGAGCAGGGAUCAGUCAAUUUCUGACUAUGUUGUGAUGUUCUUCAGAUUUGUCACCUCUGGGGAGAUACGAAGACGUUCUGAUUUUUUUGAACCCUUUAUUUUGGGCUUAACAAAUGCAUCAGUUGAGCAGUUUUGCAAGUCCUCAGUGGAACCCAUGGGAGAGGAGAGUGACCAUGUCCACAUCACUGCCUUGUCAGAUGCAUUAGGUGUGCCAAUUCGAGUAGUGUACCUUGAUCGUAGCUCUUGUGACACUGGUGGUGUCAUUGUAAAUCAUCAUGAUUUCCUACCUACUGUUAGUGAUCUCCAAAAUGUAGCUGAAGGUGGUUCUGGCACCGUAAAACCUUUCAUCACCCUGCUCUACCGGCCAGGCCACUAUGACAUUCUCUACUCGAAGUAACCUCUUGCCCUUAUCUGCUAAGACAAAUAGGCUCAUCAUGCAGAAAAUAUGUUGUCAAUAUGCAGCGAUUGGGAGGUGAAGACUUCAAGUGAUCUAUUUCCCGCAGAGAAUUGCAUUUUAGUUCCAAAUGUUGUCCCAUCACUUCAAACUGUAUACUCAAACAUUGAAAGUCAAAAAACAUGGACAGUUUAUCUCUGAAUACAAGAUUGCAUGCAAAGGAGCAAGCCUUGUUAUUUUCAUUUUCUUUUUUCUUCCUUGGUGCUCUGAUUUGAUAUAGUUGAUGAGUUGAUGUGAGAUCAUCUUAUAUAGGACCUCUGGUGGGUCCUGACUAUGAAAAUGAUGGUAAAAAGUGUGACCUCUUUUGCUUGCAUUUC